AUGCGCGGUUCAUUGAUUUUUCUGUGUUUUUUCGUGAGUUUUGCGGCGACUUCUUAUAAAGUUAUCGUUGUCAAUGAUCAAAGUGAUAUUUAUGAUUAUAUGAAUCAACCGGAAGAGGAAUCGGGUUCUGGAAGUGGAAGUGGAAGUGCUGAUUAUUACUAUGAUUAUGAUUAUGAUUGGUCUGGAAGUGGAAGUGGAUCUGGAAGUGGUUCUGGAGAUGACUAUGAAUCUGAAUCUGGAAGUGGAGCAGAAUCAGAAUCGUCAGGAGGAGAAGCUUCCGGGUCUAGUUCUGGUUCUGGUUCAGGUUCAGGUUCAGACUAUGAAUAUGAAUAUGAAAAUGGCUCUGAAGGCAGUGCUCCACACACAAAUGAGACUGAUAUCAAUGACGAUUCAGGAGGUUCUGCAGGUAAACCAAAUCAAAGUGUUUUCAAUCCCUAAUUCAAAAAUUUUAGAACCCAUAAUCUUGCCCGAAGAACAAACCGAUUCGACAGAUUCAAUUGAAGAUAUCGAAACCGGUGCUCCUGAACAAUCAACCGAACCACCAAGAAAAGGAACAACUUAUGAUUUCGAGAAUAUCAAAACGGGUGUGCCUGAAGCAUCAACAAAUCCACCAAAAACUCCGAUUGAAAAUGAAGAAGGGGGACCGGAUUUGAAACCAAUUGAUGGAAAAACUGGAGCAACUGAUGGAAUAUUCAUUGCCACUGAUGUUCCGUAUUAUUCAACAAGUGAUGAUGGAAUGGGAAGUUCGGAAAAUUGUUUGAAACGAACUACGACAACACCAGCAACAUCUUCGGGAGUACAAUUAUCGAGAUGGUUGGAGGUGAAUUGAAAAUUUGACAGGAAAAACUUUUAUUGCGAAAUAAUGUAGCCAUACUUUUUCGGUGGAGGUCGGACAAUCUGAAACGAUUUGAAAAUCUGAGAAAUUUGUUUAGCAUUAGAGCGCGUUUGGGAUUAUAAAAAGCUAUAAAUGCAUUUUUUUCGAUGGAGCGCGUUUGCUCAUAUAUCCCAAAAAAAUUGAAAAAAGCUCCCAAAAAUAAACAUUUCAUUGGAGCGAACUUGCAUCUCUUGUAAUUUUCAUCUUCAAAAAUCGAUGUUUUCAAUUUGAAAAUCUCAAAUUGAGAAAUUUGUUUAGCAUUAGAGCGCAUAUGAAGCUAGAAAUGAUUUUUUUUCGAUUUUUGAAAAUGGAUUUGAAGUUCGAUGGGGCGCGGUUGCUCACAUACCCCAAAAAAAUUGAAAAAACCUCUCGAAAAUAAAUAUUUCACUGGAGCAAACUUGCAUUUCUAAAUACAUCUUCAAAAAUCGAUGUUUUCAAUGGGGCGAAUUUGCCAAUUUUCAAAAAAUCUUUUAAAAAAUAUAUUUGUUCAAUGGGGCAAGUUUGCUCUUUCACCCAAAAACUCUGAUUUCUUCAAAAGUCCAAUAGAGCGAAUUUGCUAAAUUUCCCCCCAAAACAACUCACCGCCGCAUAAAUAUAAAGAACCACAACAACCAUCAAAAACAGCACACAGAAUCCCAAGAAAAUCGAUCGAUAAAUGAUAUCCUCCAACUCGUUCGACUCGAAAAACAGCGCUUUCAAAUCAACGCAUUCCUAGAAUAUUUUUAUUAAUUACAAUUGGCUGGGUAAUUAAUUAAUUAAUUAAUUAGUCAAUAAACUUACCACAAUUGGGCAUAGGAUGGAGAAUAAUAGUUUGAUUAAAAAUUGGUUUGAAUACAUGAUUAAAAAAUGGAAGAAAUGAGAGGAGAUGGGAGGAUUUUCACGUGGAAAAAUAAAAAAAAAUGUUUUUUUGGCUGUCUUUUUAAUAGGUGGGUAGGUCAAAAAAUAAUUUUAACGAAACCGAUCAAAAGACACGUAUUUUGUUGCUGAACAAAAAAUCUCGGUUCGCUGUUUAAAGGGACAUGCUUUAAUUUUCCACCAAAAUCUCAAGAACGGCUGCAUCAAAUGAAAAUCUGAGUACACCAUCUUUAUCGCCGUGAAAAACUGCAUGGAAAUAAGCUUUGUUGGAGCGGACGGGUGUCGUUUUAGCGUUUCGGGGUUCGUGGCGAGACCAAUUUCGAAAAAUAACGCGCAAAAUUGAGAGACGCGAGACAUUUUUGUGCAUUUGUGCGUCACCGUGUUUGCACAAGUCAAUACAGUAUACCAACCGCGAACCGAGGGCCAAAAAAUACGUGUAAGAAUGAAAAAAAUAUGCGUGCAUUUUCAAACCCUACGGUACGCAAAAAUGUGUCGCAGUGUUUGCACACACCAAUCCGCGCGCGACUUCAGAAAAUUUCAAAUUCAUCCAAGUUUCAUUCCAGGACCUAAACAUGCGUCGAAAUCAAACAGCCUCCACCGAAGUCUGUGAUCAAUAUUACCAAUCUCGAGUCGCUGAUCAUCUCGUCUCCUCCGAAUCCACUUCCCAAUACAAUUCUCUAACAUCAGCCCUAAACAACAUCACAUUAUCUCAACAAUACAUAACUUCUUUGAUUUCAUCUGCUUCCAGCCCAGUUAAAACUGCUUAUGCUGAAAUUUGUAAUAUGACAAGUAAACAGGCAUUUUAUGAUCAACCAAAAAGAACAAGAUAUAAUCAAGUGAAUAAUGUGAUUCAGAAUUUGUCGGGAGCUGCGCAAAGUGAAUUGAAUGAGAUUAAUUUGAAAGCCAAGGUGGGGGUAGAUUUUUUUUUGGCGCCAAAAUUUUUUUCUGAAUUUUUCCAGGCUUAUUGUCGAGCUUCAAACGUCGAUACUCCACCAUACACCCUCGGAAAUAUCUCUGGACUAAAACUUGGAAAUGUAAGCCUCCCAAUUUUCUCCAAAAAAAUCCAGAUAUUUUCCAGGGUGCAAUUCUCACCAAAUGA